GAAAAUUUGAUCGAUUCAGUGUACUUUGUUUGGACCUUUUAUAAUAGAAUCAUCUCAAAACGUUUAAAUAACAGUUUUGAUAAAGCAAAGAAUAUUUGUUAUUUUUCUCAAUGUCAUCAUUAAUUGUAUCAUCAUGGUUGUUACUGACAAUAUUUUUCGUGACUGCAAAAGGCGAUCAAGUUUUGGCUGGAAUUAAAAAGCCAAACACUCCAUUUACAAAUGAAACAAUAAACAAGUUCAUUGAAUUAGUGCGUGAAAAAUAUCAUUACAAUAUGAUCGACGUCCGGUCUUUCUCUCAGCCCACAAAAUAUCCUCCUAUUCCCAAUAAUACAUAUGAUGUUCAAAUUUUAUACAGUCAUUCAAACCACUACAUAUGCAUUUAUUUUGAUCCUUUACACGAAACUGUUUACGUUUAUGAUAGUUAUAUUUCUAGUACAAAAUCUAUAAUUAUGCACGAACACAAUUUAAUUGUGCAAAAUCGCUUUCCAAUGUCAAAAACUGUUUAUGUUAUACCAAAGACGGAACAAUAUGAUGAUACAUCAAGCGGACCCCUUGCGAUUGCGUAUGCAACUACAUUGAUUUUGGGUGAAAAUCCAGCGAUUUAUGGUUUCCAAAUGAAUACAAAACAUUCGGAUAAGGCAAUUCAUUUGAGAGAACAUAUUUUUAAAAUGUUACGAAAAGGAGAGUUAUCACUGUUUCCACGGCAAGUUAAAACUUUAAGUUUCUUUAAAAUGUGUUCAAACAAUUUUUUUCUUAAAAACAGAUCGGAUCGUCUCGAUAUAGACUAUAUUUCUCCUGCUUUUAACAAAAUACACCCCGAUAUAUUGAAGGAGAUCAACACACCAAACAAACGUUUUACCUUUCGUACAAUCAAUCUUUUUGCAAAUUUAGUUACGGCGACGACUAAUUUCGAUAUGGUUCCCGUUAUGUUCGCCGACUAUCCCGAACUUUAUCCCGUUCAUAAUGACACAAAAAAUGACGUUCAAAUUUUAUUCGCGGAAGGAAUCGAAACAGCGGGUCAUGUGAUGUGUAUAUUUUAUGAUGCAGCUAAUAAAACAGUCGUCGUUUAUGAUGAUCAAGAAUUGGAUGAUGAACAAAUGAUGACUAUAUUGAGACGAUAUCCCAACUACCAAUAUAUUACUUACAUUCAUCCAAAAACAAAACAAAGAGAUAGCACCUCAUGUGGACCAUUUUCCAUUGCAUAUGCAACAUCACUGAUCCUUGGCCAUGAUCCCAAGACUCACAAACUUAGUACGACUACGUUACAUUGUGUAUCAUGUUUUCCCCAAAAGUUUGAUGAUUCGAAAAUCUUUCGAAAACAUAUUUUAAAAAUGUUUAAAUCAAAAAAAUUAUUACCAUUUCCGCACGAUUGAAGCUGUUUUUAUGUGAGAAGAAUUAUUUUGACGUUAAAAAAAAUGUUGUAUUACAAAUGUUAUAAAUAAAAUGAUCUUUUCAAAGAA